CGCGUAACAACUAGCCUCCCAUUUCGUGCGCGGCGUUCCUCACAGAGCUUCAUCAACAUGGCACAACAAGGAAGCUUCCCCAGAGGACCUCCUUCGCAACCAGGCGGCCCUGGCUAUCCUCAACAACCUCCUCGCGGUGUGGUCGGCGGCGGCGGACCGUAUGGACCUUCAUCGUCCGGUCGAGGUGGAUUUCCCCCGCAGCAACCACUGCCGCAUGGUGGUCCUCCUGGGAACAACUUCCCUCCGCACCAGCAACAGCAGCAGCAGUAUCCCCAUCAGCCUCCACAUUCGACAGGCAGCACCGGUCCGCCCUUUCCCCCGCAACAACAACACGCGUCAUUCCAAGGACAAUUGCAACAGCCGCCGCGCUCGACCGGGGGCAUCCUUCCUCGGGGACCCCCAUUAACGCAAGGACCGUCCUCCCAUGGCGCUCCACCUCCACAAGGAAGCUUUGGAGCCCCUACGUUUCCUCCGCGCGGUCCUCCUCCUCAACAAGGAGGGUUACCCCCUCCUUCUGGAUUUCCUCAUCCACCUCCCUCUGGCUUCCCUCCUUCAGCGAACGGUCCGUUCUACGGUUCGAACCAGCCUCCCCCCCCUGGUCCUGGCGUUCGCGGCCCGCCGCCUCCGCCUAAUGCUGGGUACCCACAAGCCCAUCAGCUGCAGCCGCAGUUCCAAGGCGGGUACCCCGCUCAACCGCCCCCUGGCCCCAUGGGACCUCCUCCCCAACCCAGCCUCCAGCCGCCACCGACAUUCACUCCUGGUCCCCCUUUCCACCAGACAACUCCCCCAAUACAACCACCAGCCAAGAGUUCUGGAGCAACGACUGCCUCUGGCACCCAGCAACGCAUCGACCCCACGCAAAUCCCCCGCCCGCUCUCCCGCCCCGAUGCCAUCACGUACGUGGCCAAAGGUCCGACGCUGACCAUGCCGCCGCCCGCCAACUCAAAGUACAUUUGCCUUGACAACGGCUGCGCCAGUCCUCGCUUCAUCCGCCCGAGUCUGAACCACGUCCCAGAGUCCAAGGAUCUGCUGCAAACAUCGGGGUUGCCUCUGGGGGUCGUCGUGUGUCCGCUGGCCAAACUCGAUCCAAACGAGCUAUCCGUACCCCUAGUCGACUUUGGGGGCACCGGGCCCUUGCGCUGCACCCGGUGCAAGGCGUACGUGAACUGCUUUACGCGGUUCAUUCAAGGCGGCCGGAUGUUUGCAUGCAAUAUUUGUACCAUGCAGAACGACACCCCCCGAGACUAUUACUGCGCCGUGGACCAGCUGGGGACGCGGCGCGACGUCGCGGACCGCAUGGAGCUGGCGCGGGGAUCCGUGGAAUUCGUCGUCCCGUCCGUGUACUCUGUGCGCGAGUCGGCGCAGCAAGAGAUCGUCGUGUUUGCCCUGGACGUGUCUGUAUUUGCGUUUCAGAGCAACUUGGUCGCGUCUGUGGUGGCGGCGCUCCCGUCGGUACUCGAAACCCUCCAGAAGUCGUCCCCGCACGCCCAGUUUGGCCUCAUGACGUUUGAUACGGCUGUGCAUUACUACCGCCUAGACCAGGAAACCAUUAGCAUGGUCGUGUGUCCGGAUGUGGACGACCCCGCUGCCCCCGUGCCCGCCCGCGCGUGGCUGCUCCCCGUGCACUCGCCAAAUGCCCUGGAAAAGAUCCAAGAACUGCAAGACUUGAUCAUGACGUUGUUUAGCAACGACGCUAAGAACCAGUCUGUGUCGGGGGCAGCCGUCACGAGCGCCGUCGACAGCUUGUUGACGUCAGGAGGUCGUGUGAGUGUGUUUCACGCCGGGCCCCCUCGCUUGGGCGUGGGCAAAAUCACCAAGGAAGAGGCGGCAUCAUCUUACGGCACGACCAAAGAGGUCCAGCUGUACGCGGGCAGGGGCGUCCAUGCGCACUACGAGGAACUGGCGCGACUAAGCGCCCAGAGUUUCAUCUCAAUCGACAUUAUCAGCGUUGCCAACCCGUACAGCGACUUGGCCGAAGUCGCCCGGCUCGCAGAACUGACGGGCGGGUACGUACUCCACUUGCCCCAGUUUGACAAGGACAAGCCAGAACACUUGCAGUACACCAAGCAGUUGCUCCGCCACUUGCUCGGAAAGCAAAAGGCCAUGGAGGCGGUGCUCAAGGUCCGCGUCUCGUCGGGUCUUCGCGUCGACUCGAUCUACGGCAACUACAUGCCGAGUGCCGCCAGUGACGACGAAGUGAAUAUGGCACUUGUGGACCAAGAUACGGCAGUGGGCGUGACUUUUGUCUAUGAUGGCAAGCUCCCACAAGAGCACAUGUACAUCCAGGUGGCGCUGCUGUAUACACGCGAGGACGCUGUGCGGUGUGUGCGCGUGCACAACUUGGCCUUGCCGGUGGCGAAUUUGGUCACGAAUGUGUUUCGUCAUGCUGAUUUGGACGCCACGUGUGCGUUGUGGCAGCGCAUGGCGAUCAAAGUCAUCCGCGACAAGUCCAUUAUGAGUGGCAACGGCCAAGCGGUCAAGGAGAAGCUCGUGGACGACUGUGUCCACGUGCUGUCCAACUACCGCAAGCACUGCGCGACCAACAGCUCGUCUGGCCAGCUAAUCCUGCCUGAAUCGCUCAAGUUGCUGCCGCUGUACACCCUCGCAACCCUCAAAUCCCGCGCACUUCGCAAUAACUUGACGGGGCAGCAGGCGCGGGGGCUCAUCGACGUGCGCGCGGACGAGCGCGUGAUGCUUCUGCAUCUGUUGAACUCAUUUCCAGUCGAGCAUGCCGUGUCGGCUGUCUACCCCAAGAUGUAUGCGCUGCACGACUUGACCGAGGAGGUGGGCACACUGGACGACAAGGGCGACCUGAUUUUGCCGGCGGCGUUGCCCCCCACGGCGGAAAAGUUGGAGGAGAAUGGGCUCUUUCUGCUACACUCGUCCACGUACAUGUACCUGUUUAUUGGGGCCAAGACCAACCCGACGCUGCUUGAGGAUGUGUUUGGCGUGUCUCAUAUCGACACGUCCGAGCAGUCGGUGAAUUUGGUGGGCGACGCCGACCAAUCAGGCGUGCUGCGGACGCAAAUUCAAGCGGUGAUUGGCUACUUGCAACUGCAGUCGCCGGUGCCUUCGCCGCUCGAGAUUAUGAGUAAAAGUGACUGGCGGAGCAACCGGUUCCUCAGUGCGCUCGUGGAAGAUCGCACGCGCAACGAAGUCUCGUACGUCGAGUUUCUCUGUCAAGUGCACAAAAAGAUCCAGUACAAAAUGAUGUAAACCCUCGGACAAACUAGCUAGUACUAGUACUAGUAGUACUAGUACUAGUACAGUAGGGUGGUGGAUGGAAUAGUAUGAAUUACUAGUAGUAGUACCAUGCAAUUCGAUCGUGUUUUGUCGUCUUGGAUCGUUUGACGAGGGAGGAAAUCGAAAACGGGCGAUAGUGGCGAAUCUAAUU